AUGCCAAAAUUAGUGUUGUUGAGCUUAAUUAUGCUAUGCUUCAGUUGAAUUAUUUAUGUGAUUUGCAACAUGAUGGACUUAUUCAUCCUUCCUUCAUACCAGAACUAUGAAGAAUGUGAAGUAAUUCAAACGAACGGUUCAUUAGAAGAUAUCACAUUUUAUGGAAAUAUUGCUAUUGGAGGAGAAGACGAUAGAGUCCCUUUAUUUACAGAGUCUUUUGCUGCAAGUAAAAGAAAAGAAGGCAGACUACUCGCAAUUGACAUAGGGAGUAAAAGCACAUACGAAAUUCCAAUCCAUAAUUUCCCCAAAGAAAUAGGAUUUCAUCCUCAUGGACUAUUUUUAUUCAAGAAUGAAACUUUAUAUAUUUUAAAUCAUGCGUUUAAUAGAGGUGGAGAAAGAGUAGAAGUUAUCAAGCUACAAGAAAACGAAGGAAAGAUAGAAGCUACCUAUUUAAGAUCUAUAGUCUUCGAUGAUGAAUUCAUAGCUCAAUUUAAUGAUUUAGCUGUGAUAGAUGAAGACGAAUUUUACAUAACUCAGUCAAUUCCUUAUAAUGAAUCUCCUGAAGGCUUAGAUCUUUCAGGCUGGCAUCAAGCCAAGAUGUUUUUGACAAUGCAAUUUACUAAAAGUUGCAAUUUGUAUUACUGCAAAAAUGUGAACGGCAAAGCCGACUGCAAAUCGCAAGAUAAGAGUAACCUCUACAAUGGUAUCAACAUUUUAGGAAGCACACUUUAUGUUACAGAAUCUGUUUUAAAGCAAAUCAUUACAUACAAUAUAACAGAAGAUAGAUCGCUUAAAUUUAUUGAGUCUUUUAAUGUAUUAUUCCAUCCUGAUAACAUUGAAGUUUCGGAUGAGCCAAACAUUUUGUACGUUGCAGGAUUUUCGAAGAUCUCUGAAUUGGCUGAUUUCAUGGAAAAGCUUAAAACCGUGAAGUAUCCUGAACUCUCAAGUGGAGUAUAUAAACUGAAUCACACGAUUGGCGAUGUGAGCAAAAAGAAUAUGAUAAUGCAAAAAAAAAUGCCGAUAAGUGUUGCUGCAGCUAAAAACAAUACCUUCAUAAUUGGUUCUUUUACACAUGAUAUGGUUAUGAUUUGCCCCAUAAAACAAUCCUAAGGUUUUUUUUUUUAAAUUUUAUAGUAAUACUGUUUUUCAAAAUUUAAAAUAAUUUUAAAGCAAAUAA